GCUGACGUAAGGACGCGGCCAAAUUGCCACGAACAGGGUGAAAAACGGAACCACAAACACACGGAGCCCGGUCUCCCGCAAGUCCGCGCACUCCAGCAUCGCGCAUGCGCGAUGAAUCGCCGCUGCCUGAGAGCAAAGCGCGGCCUCGAUCGACACGGUGCGCGGCCUCGACGACGUCCACAACAACAUCAACAACAAGAGGAAAACCGGCCGGUGCCAGUCUCGCUGCCGGCCGGUCCUCCGGUGAGCGAAGGGAGCCGAACAUCCCACUGACGACACCCGCGGCCGGGCGGCGGUGAGAUGGCCGAGACAGUGAAGUUUGUGGAUGAGGAGCACAAGAACGUCUUCUUGAAGUUGCUGAACGAGCAGCGUCUGGAGGGUGAACACUGCGACAUCGCCGUGGUGGUUGAAGACGUCAAGUUUCGCGCUCACCGCUGCGUCCUGGCGGCCUGCUCCAACUACUUUAAGAAACUCUUCAAAAAACACGAGGUGGACAACUCGUCUGUGAUCGAAAUCGACUUCAUCCGCUCCGACAUCUUUGAAGAAGUGUUGAACUACAUGUAUACGGCCAAGAUCUCCAUCAAGAAACGAGACAUCAACCUGAUGAUGUCGUCGGGACAAAUCCUGGGCAUCCGCUUCCUUGACAAACUCUGCUCGCAGAAACGAGACGAUGCGCCAUCCGAAGAGAAAGACAAGUUUCCUUUUGACAUUGUAAAGAUGGCGCUGCCACCUGAGGCGCAGCUGGUCGCCGAGGCCGAGGUUAACGCUCGAUUCUGCUCAACGCUUGAUUUUGUUCUACGGUUUUGUCAAGCGUCUUUUUCAACGGGACCUACAGUGCUCGGGGAGCACGAGGACGCUCCCACGCCAGAUGACCUUGUCGGUGCCUCGGCCAAUCAGGAGCUUGACAAAUCUCCGAAUGCGGCGCUACGUGUGCAGGAAGCCAUUUUGAAGGAACUUGCCAAUGAGCAUGUCCACAAGGUGGCGUGCUAUGACCAAGACGUGGUGACAGACAUGGAGACGGAGCCGAAAGAACUCGGGGCGGAACACCACGGCACCCAGACGCUGACGUUCGCAGACAGCAUGGGCGAGGUCAAAGACGAGCAGCCGCCCGCGUGGGCCGCCGCUGCCGCCGCCGACAUGAAGUUUGAAUAUCUCCUCUACGGGCACCGAGAACAGCUGGCGUGCCACGUGUGUGCCAAGACCUUCCUGGACGAGUCCAGACUCAGGAAACACGAGAAGCUUCAUUCGGCCGAGCGUCCGUUCGCGUGCGAAAUCUGCGCCAAAGCUUUCACCACCCACGCCCACCUCAAAGAACACCUGAAGAUCCACACUGGCUUCAAGCCGUACAGAUGUCACGUCUGCGGGAAGUCCUUCAUUCGGGCUCCGGACUUGAAGAAACACGAGCGGGUCCACAGCAACGAGCGACCGUUCGCCUGUCAGAUGUGCGACAAGGCCUUCAAGCACAAGUCACACCUGAAAGAUCAUGAGAGGCGACACCGGGGAGAAAAACCCUUUGUGUGUGCGUCGUGCACGAAGGCCUUCGCCAAGGCAUCUGAUCUAAAGCGUCACGAGAACAACAUGCACAGCGAGAGGAAGUUGACAAAUCCUCUGCAGAGCGAUACGGAGGCUCUGCAGGCGGCCGCCAUGGCUGCCGAAGAGUCGCACAUGGACAACAUGAGCUGCUCCUAACAGGGAACAUUUGUACACAAAUGUUUGAUUCCAUUUCAAAUAAAACAUUUUGUUCAGUUUCAUGAGCACAAACUUGA